GCGAGCUUUCUUUUCGCAUUCUGAUCACAAUUUUUUGCUUAAACAAGUUUUAAAAACUAAUUUCAUGUGAAAUUUUCAAAUUAUUUGGUUUUCUCCCAUUAAAAUGAUGCAUGUUGCACAUUGUAGCAGAGAACCAGCCCGUCCGAAUUCCCUCGAUGACUUUUGCCGGGUCUGUCUGCUGCGGAAGCCUUCGCUGCGCCCGCUGACGGGCCAGUCGUCCGGCGUCAUGAUUCCGGAGAUGCUGUACAAGCUCACCGGCACGAUGCUGAACGUGCAGGACCAGUUGCCGGCGGUCAUCUGCGAGCGCUGUCUCGUGAAGCUGGACCUGGCGUACAGCGUAACGGAGGAGUUCCGCCGGCAGGAGGAGCAGCUGCGUCAGUUUUUGUGGAAGGGAGGCUCGUUGGUGGGGCAACUGGUGGAGUACGGGUCGGGGGUGGAAUUGCGACCGAAGCCGCACUCGGAAGAGGUCAUUAGGAGGUUGGUGGAAGAGAGUAGAACUGUGGAAGAGCCGAAGCCUACCAUCAAGCGAGAACCGCUGGAUGUGGUCGACGACUUUGUCGAGCACCGCUCGGAGGAAGAUUCGAAUCUCAACGAGGGAAUGGCCGUGAAGGAGGAAUUACCCGAUAAGGAAGCUGAUGGGGCCACUUCUUUCGAGGUGAAAAUUCAUUCCUCGCCGAUGGAGUCCGAACAGGACGAUGGCGACAAGGAUUCAGAUUAUCGUCUGGGUGGAACUGAAACCCGGGGAGAUGGAUUUAUUCAAUCGCCGAUGGAGUCCGGCGCGGACGAUGAUGACUUUGAAGAGGAAGAUGACGAACGGGACGUUGAUUUUCAACCCAAUCGCUCGACAGUUUCUGUUACAAGUGUAGAAGAUGAGAUAUCCGAGAUUCUCGCAGAUGAUGCGACGAAGUGUCCGGAUUGCAGUAAAGAGUUCCCCACUCCGUUAUCGUUACGACGACACUACAGAAGGCACAUUGUCAGGAAGAAGGGAAUGUUUCGGUGCGAGAAUUGUAAUAAGAAUUUUGCCUCGAAAGCCGAUCUCAGACUACAUGAAGUGACUCACAUUAACAAGGCUAAAAAGAGCUCGCUUUAUGAGUGCAAAUAUUGUUGGAAGAUCUUUACACGUAAAUAUCGCUUGGGUUUGCAUCAGAAACGUCACGAGCAGGAGAACGAUGUGGCAAUCAAACCGAAGCUGGUCGAAGAGCUUCAAGCAACUCCACAGGAAACCGAAAGUGAACCAUCUGCUUCUGGCAGCAGUUCAAAGCAAAAAAUCUACGAAUGCAAGCAUUGUCAAAAGGUUUUCGCCUGGCAAUGUCGCCACAAACAGCAUGAAGAGCAGUGCGAAAAGCAGAGACCAUCUGAAACCCAACAACAGGAAGCUCCAACAACCGACCCAGCCUCCACCAUCGCUCAUCCGCCCUACUUCGAGUGCGCCCUCUGCCCGAAGAUCUUCCUCUCGGGAGCUCGCUUCCGGCACCACCUAAAAUUGCACGAAAAGAAGCAAGCCGACGAGGCGGCAAACCCCACCCCGGCAGCCCGCUUCCCGUGCCCCAAGUGCAAAUGCUCGUACGAGGAAGAGUGGAAGCUCGAACUGCACCUGCAAAGGCACGCCACCGUCGAAAGUGGCAAGUACCGGUGCAAAACGUGCGACCACGCGUUCGCCACCCCGAUGGACCUGCGAAGGCACGAAAAGAAGCACGCCUCCCGGCCGGAGUGGCGAACCCCGCCGGAGGAAAUCCCCGCCCCGCUGAUGAUCGUCAAAAACGAGCGCAAGUUCUUCAAGUGUCGCAAGUGCGUCAAGAUAUUCGUCAACAAGUCCACCUACUUCUCGCACGCGCAGAUCCACGUGGCGAUCAAAACGGGCGCGUUCAAGUGUCCGCACUGUCCGAAGCGGUACGGCCAGCGGUGCCGGCUGCGAAUGCACCUGCGGGAAAAGCACGACGUGUACUUGCCGAAACAGGAGGAGGGGGAGGAGGAGGAGGAGGAAGAAGGGGAGCCCUCCGCAGAGCGGGAGGCGAUGUUUUCGACGGAGGAGAGUUAUGAAGUGCAUUUGCGGGAGCAUCGGAGCGAAGGUGGGGCGGAGGGGGUAUCCGGAGGGGAGCUGAAGCAAGAGUCACCUACCAGCGCAUCUGAUCAACACUCAAUCGCCAUCGAAGAAGUGAAGGUUCCUUCCAUCAAGCAAGAGCCAACAAUCGAUGAUGACAGCAGCCAAACGCAAGACAGCUUUACGCGGGUAAAGACCGAGUCCCCGAUGGUCGUGCUACCAAUACAAAAUGUUGAAGUGGUUCAACAACCUACUCCCGGCAGUAGCGCUUUUGGCAACGAGACUUUCGACGAGUCUAAAGAGUUCAAGUGUGAACUGUGCGGAAAGUGUUACUCCCAGCGAGGCGUCCUCAACCGGCACAUCCGACACGUGCACAAGCUGGACGGGUCGACCGCCGUCGGUGCCGAAGGUCCUCCGGCCGAUACGCGCGAGUGUGACGAGUGCAAGAAGUACAUCAAACGGAAGCUCUUUAGCGAACAUCGCAAACACCACGAGAACGUGCGGCUGAGGAAGUUCGUGUGUCCCUUGUGCGAUAAAGCGUUUCGUACAAACCAUCACCAGAAGGAGCACGUGGCAACGCGAGCCUGUGAGAAAACGUCCGAGGUGGCGAAGUAUGGCGCCGAUGCCAAGUACAAGUGCGUCGAGUGUGGCAAAGCGUACAACAACAGCCAGAGCAUUGAUUCGCAUAUGAAGCGGCACAAGGUGCUGCGGGAGGAGCGAUACAAGUGCGGUAUUUGUCAAAAGGUAUUUGGAGCGAAACGGGAACUAGAAGUUCACAAUAUGAGAGUGCACGAGACUGUCCUUUGAAGAGUUGAUUAUCGAUAAGUGCAGCGUAAUGUAUUUUUUGCAUGCCAAAUACCCUAUUUAAUAAUGUUCACAGUUUAGGCCACUGUCAUCGAAUAAAUGAAAAUAAUCUUACAGAUUCAA